UCGUUAGCUUUUUGACGUGAUCCGCUCGCUACCGCCACACCAACUGUCAGAGUCUGCUAUGGGAAAGCAUGCUGACGAACCCGACCACAGUCCAAGAGCCUACUCAACCGCAGAGUCCAAGAAAGAGGGACACCGUGUCUCUGAUCAGCCUGAUAGCAUACAAACCAGAAGAAGGUGGUAAGCAACUGAACAUACGCAAGAAGGCAUGGUCAAUUGGCAUGGGCCCUCACAGGCAUGUGCAAGCAUGGUCACGCAGCAAGCCAGCCCAGCAAUGCAUGUUGCUCACCUGCAACACACCGAUGCGAGGAGGAUGCCUGUGAACGACGUUCAUCCGUGUACUGUGGGGACACCUUCCUAACAGCCCGCCACCUUCACGCAAGUUUUCCCGCAUGGCGUCAGUGGUUGCUCGACGUUGGCAGGGAAACGAUCACGGGAAGAAUUUGAGGAGCCUCAGGGCGAUUUUGACAACAUGAUGUGGAGUUCAGAUGAUGGAGAGAGAGAGGACGAUGGAGAAGAUACAGGCGGGGAAUUUACCGACUUCGAAUGGUGCGCAACCACCACUCUGUCACAGCCUGUCAACGAAGCAGGGGUUCUAUGUGUCGGCCAAGAGUUUGCGAACAUUGCAGAUCUCCGGAAGGCAGUCGCCGACGAUGCCGUGAAGAACAAGUACGAGUAUCGCUGCGUGAAGUCCGAUACAGCGCGGUACACCAUGAAAUGCAAGGCUGAGAACUGCGAUUGGUGGCUGCACGGCUCAAUCAUUGACGGUGGACCGACGUGCAGCAUCAAGUCCGUGACGAGGCACACGUGUGGCGACAUCUCCAAACUGUCGAAUGUCAAUGCAAAGGCUUCAUGGGUUUCCCGAUUCAUCGAGCCGAGACUGUCGGACAAACCUGAUUACUCACCGGUAGAUAUCGUGAAAGAUAUUUAUCGACAAUAUGGCGUGAAAAUCAGGUACCGCCUCGCAUGGACAACAAAGGAGGUCGCGAAGGCGAGAAUUGCUGGGCUUGACGACGACGGGUUUCGGAACCUCCGGAUGUAUUACGAGGAGGUUCAACGUUCUAACCCGGGAAGUCGUGCAUUUGUGCAGACCGAGGAAGGAUCGCCUCGCUUCAAGCGUUUGUUUUAUGCGCUUGAUGCUUGUCUUGCCGGUUUCAUGCACUGUUGCCCACUGUUGGGCCUCGACGACACGUUUUUAAAAACAAGGCACAAAGGUAUUCUGUUAUGCGCAACGGCCGUGGACGUUGAGGGACACCUGUUCCCGGUGGCGUUUGCAAUUGUACCCGGCGAGGACAGGGACAAUUGGUUCUGGUUCCUACAUCACCUCUGUGCAACUUUGCAAUCAUAGGAUGAUAAUCAUCGAAGAAUAACGUUCUUAUCCGAUCGGGACAAAGGUCUCAUCGAUGCAGUAGGCGAUGUGUUUCCGGAUUGUCCUCACGGGUAUUGUAUGCGACAUCUCGCCGACAACCUCAAGAAGCGUAACAAUGGACCUGAGUACCAUAAGUUGUUGUGGGCAGCAGCGAAGGCGACGAACAUCCCGAAAUUCGACAACUUGAUUGCACACAUGCGAGCUACGGACGUCGACACGACGGGCUGGUUGUUACGCACGUGCGAUCCGGUUCACUGGGCAGACGCGCAUUUCAAGGGGCAGCGGUAUGGUCAUUACACUUCAAACAUUGCAGAGUCCCUAAACAGUUGGAUAAUGGAGGCUAUAGAAAAGCCUGCCAUGUUCAUGCUGGAGGACAUCCGCCGCCGAUUGUGCCAGCGCUUCGUCGACCGUCGAAAGGCAGCAGCACGAAUCGAAUCCGUGCUUGUCCCGCUAGCUAAGCACGCGCUGAUAACGUGCAGAGACAAGGCACGCAAGUUUCAAGUUGUGCCAACAAAUGACGACAUAUUCG